UAUUAAGUGAAGGAAGGGUCACGAUAAAUUGUUAGAAAAAAAAUAAAUUAAAAUAAAUAAAAUAAAGAAAUGGCACUUCUCUCGGCGAUGAAGUUGCAGGGACGUCCACCACCGAUCAUCUCGUCCAGUCUCAACUCAAAUUCCAAACCUGCAGGUUCGGAUUCCGUUUCUUUAAACACCUCCGAACCUGGCUCGGAACGGAAGCCUCGAAAGUUCAGCUCCCAGCUGAAUCGCUGGAACAGAGCACGAACCUUAAGGUCGGGCGGCGCGAAGCUGGACCGUACGAUUAACAAUGGUUCAAAUACCACGACCGGUCCGAUGCGUCCGAUCGAAAGUUCGAAUCGGUCUGAUGUUUCGACACAAGUGGACAGUGACGUGUCAUCAUCAUUUUCAUCAAGUAACGGAGAUAACGAGACGGAUAUGACGGCGGCAAAGUCGAUUUACAUAGUCUCUGACGGAACUGGAUGGACGGCGGAACACGCCGUUAACGCUGCUUUGGGCCAAUUCGAUUACUGCUUGGUCGACCGUGGCUGUCCCGUUAACACACAUCUCUUCUCAGGGAUUGAAGAUGGAGAGAAGUUAAUGGAGAUCAUAAAGCAAGCAGCAAGUGAAGGAGCAAUGGUAAUAUACACUUUAGCUGAUCCAUCAAUGGCAGAAGCAGCAAUGAGAGCUUGUAAGCUAUGGUGUAUCCCAUCACUAGACAUCCUCGGACCAAUCACAGACUCAAUCUCAUCUCACUUAGGCACUAACCCUUCCGGUAUCUCACGUAGCGUGGCACACUCAUCUCUCAACGAAGACUACUUCAAAAGAAUCGAAGCAAUCGAAUUCACGAUCAAACACGACGACGGUGCCUUGCCUGAGAAUCUUGAGAAAGCAGACAUUGUUCUUGUUGGUGUCUCUAGAACAGGGAAGACACCGCUCUCUACUUACUUAGCUCAAAAGGGUUACAAAGUGUCUAAUGUACCGAUCGUUAACGGUGUGGAACUUCCCAAGACUCUGUUUGAGAUCGACCCUAGAAAAGUUUUUGGUCUGAUGAUUAAUCCGGUCGUGUUGCAAGGGAUAAGAGAGGCUAGAGCCAAGAGUCUUGGACUUGGUUCGAGUUAUAAGACUAAGUAUUCUGAGUUGGGUUCUGUUAAAGAAGAGCUUGAGCUUGCCAAGAGAAUUUUCGCAGAGAAUCCUACAUGGCCAGUGAUUGAAGUGACAGAGAGUGCGAUUGAGGAAACUGCGGCAGUGAUUUUGAGGCUUUACGACGAGAGACAAAGCAAUCGAGCAAUGCCUCGCAUCUCUAAAAGCUACUAAAUUAUUUAUUGGAAGAUGAUUUAAAUUAAUGCGGAUGAUGAAUAUAUAGAGCAAAUAUAAAUUGAUCAAAACUCUUUUGUUAUAUAAGCCCAAUAUAAUCAGCACCUUUUUAGUUUUUACAAUGACCA